AUGCAAAACAAAGGAAACUCUUUUAACACGCUUUUCAGUGGGUUUAGAAAUGACAGUUCUGAUGAAGAAGGAGAAGUAAAGGAACAACAUCAAUUUAUUACAGACCCAGAACAAAUGCGUUGUGAUACGAUUCUGACUAAUAAACAAGUUGAAAUUUUUCUCAAAUAUUUGAGCGCACCAAAUUUUAAUUUCACAAAAAUUUGGCUUAAUAAAUUCAACCUUGUUGCAAAUAAACAUUAUGGAAUUAUUUCAAAAAAUGAUGCUUUAUUUAAGCUUUACAAAACAAUUGUUAUCAAUAUAACUCAAGAUAUCUACCCUAUGAUAGAAGAAGACAAAGAUAUGGCUCCUGCAAUUUUAGAAAUAUUUUCAGAGCUUUACUAUAGAAAAGAUUUUCCUCCAUAUCAGCAUAUAAUUGAUGAAUAUCGUAUCGAUGUUUUAAAUCAGCGAGUUGUAGAUAUUGUUAAUGAAGUCAGAAAAGAAGCCUAUAAGACGAGGAAAAGAGAAAAAAACCAAAAAAGUCGGCAAAAAGAAGCCCAAAGAAAAAGAGAAAAAAUAAAAAUAGAUUUAGAUCCGUAUGAUUCUGUAUGCCUACCUAUCAAAAGGGACAGAGAGGACACAGAGCUAUCGCCUGAGCCAAAAACUCAGCCUGAUGAGCCCAUAAAUUUAGAUCAAAACUUCCAAGCGGAACUCGCAAUGAACAGUUUGUGGCUAACAGGGCUAGAACACAACCAAGAAGCAAACUCUGACAAUAAUCAAAUGCAAAUUGAUGGUAAAGAAGCUUCAGUUCAAAUCAAAAACUCACAAAUUGAUGAGGAAAUCAGCCAAAAAUUAAACCAUGAAGAAGAAAUUAAAGUCAAUGAUAGUGAAGUAAAGGCUGAAAUGGAUGUUGAAGAAAACAAAGAAAUGGAAAAUAGCAAUAAGCAAUAUGAGAUCAAUAAUGCUGAAGAAAGCAGAGAUAUACAAAUAGAAAAAAGAGAGAUGACAAUAAAAGGAGAAGAAGCUGAUGGAUGGGGGGAUUUUGAAGAAUGAAGUGAAGUGCCAGAGCAAAAUAAUAAAGGAAAGACUACUGCUGAGAAUAUUGACGAAAUUACAGAUGUCAAGCCGCUUUCUUUAAAUCCUAAAAGAGAGGAAAAGGAUGUAUUUUUAAUACCAGAGUUCCGAAAUGAAGAAAGAUCUAAUGCAAGGCUUGAUCCUCGAGCUGUCGCGUUUUUGAAAGCAAGAGGAAUCGAUUUUUUGCUGGAAUCCCCAACUAUAAUGGAAAAGCUCGAAAAAUUUCAUAUAAUUUUAGACAUCGAUAAUACACUUGUUGCAGCAAAUUCAGAAGUAACUGUAAAAGCAUUAAAAACACCUAUUCCUGCUCAUACUCAAAAAAUCUUCGUUAAAGAUUGUCCAAUUUAUGUAGCACAACGCCCUGGGGUUAGUGAAUUCUUAGAAUUAAUAUCUAAAUUCGCUGAACUUUAUGCUUAUUCUCAUGGCAGUGUCGACUAUGCAGCAGAAGUGAUUAAAAUUCUUGAUCCAUCCAAAAAAUACUUCAAAGGAAGAGUUUUGGGUUCUGAAAAUAAUAUAAAUGCAAAUAUGAGAAAAAGCUUACUCUCGCAUUGGGAUGUGUAAAGUCAUUAGAAGUUGUUUUUCGGAAAUAAAUCCUUUAGUGAGCGAACAAAAUAAUUCUUUUAUAUAAUUUAUUUCAAAUAAAAUAAUUUUAUAUAAUUAAUAGUUACAUGAGGGACCUACAACUAAUCAUAUAAAACUUUAAACAACUAGUUAUUUUUUUUUUAAUCAAAUAGUCAUAUUUUUUUUUUCUAUGCAAUUUUAUAAAAAUUAAAAUAAACAAAAAAUUCUUGUAAAAGGGGGGAAGCUAGAAAUAUUCUCCUCAAAGUCAGGAAUAAGCAUAAAUCCAGAUCUACUUUUAGUAAUUGACGAUCAAAUGGUCGUAUGAGACAACCCCAUUUACUGCAUUCCUGUUGUUCCUUAUUACCCAAUGAAAAUACCUAACAAAAAUACUUUUAUUUGCCAUCCAAGGCUUAUAGAAUUAUAUAACGAAGAGAAUUUGCCCUUUAUUUAUGAGCCCCCUGCACAAUCGAAUCUCUUAAAUAUAGCGGAAGCCUUAAAAGAGUCAUAUUCACAAUUUAUAUCAAAUAACUGCAAAAAGACAGCAAUAUUCGAGUUUACUGAUUAUAGGAAUAGCAUUUUAAAAGGAACCCCGCUAUCUUUUAAUGUUUAUGAAACAAGGGUUGGUCAAGGUGAUUAUACAGCAAACAAGCUUAAGAGCUAUAAAAUUAUAGCAGAGUCACUAGGAGCAUCUACUAGCACAAACGGUUUUGAAGUAGUUGAAACAACUAAAUAUACAACUGAAGUCUCAACAGCAUGGCUCCUGGAUUGUUACCUUCAUAUUCGAUCAAUUCCAAGGUUUAAUAAUUAA